AAACAUCAAUAUAUUUAUGAAAGGGCACACAAAAAGACGCUUCGUUGAGUGUACGCUGGACCAAUUUAGCAACGCGCAGGGAAGCGCGUGAUAUCAUCGUAACCAUCUAUCGUAGUCUAGAUAAAAGAAAAAGCAUUUCGGUCGUCGUGAGCGAUGCUAUAUCCGAUAAGGCCAUACUGUAAUUAUUAUGUAAUUUUCUCACGACUUUGCAUACCAUUGACGAAGAUAACUGAUUUCUACAUUCUUUUAUAAUGAUACCUGCUGCUGACUGAGACCUGAAAUACGAUUCUCUCUCUUAUAAAAAGGCAUUUUCUCAACAACCUCAUUUUCUGCUGUUAUUAUUAUGGCUGUUGAGAUUUCAAGUCUUUUUUUGGGUUGAUUGAUCGAUUUCUUUAGUUGGGUUUAUUGCUUAAUGUUUGUUGAUUUUAUCUGGUUUAUUUCUAUGGGUCCAUAUAAAGCUUGAACCUUUUGUUUGUUGACGAGUUGGGAUUCGUAAAGAUCGAAGCUUUUUCCUGAUCACAGUGAUUUUCUGAUGGAUACAUACUCAGAAAGAACCUCACAAGAUGUGCCCUUGUCCACUUCUCGUGGUCAUGUGGAUGGUGGUUUAGUAGUUGAAAAUUCUGUUCAUCCAGCAGCAUGUGUGCUUUGCAGAAGAACUUUUUCACCUGAUAAUAAUGAUCUUGAAGCUAUCAGUAUUUGUGGGGACUGUAAGUUCUUGCUUCUCGAAGAUCUGGGGGACUCCACACAUGAUUCUCUUCGAAGGAGGCGACGUAGAGGAGGAAGAACUAGGUACAACAGUUUUGAGUCUCUCGAUAAUCUUUUUUCACAACAGUUGUUGCAUAUGAUUAAUCUGGUGAGGCAAAACCAGUCCACUGUGCCUGGGCAUGAAAUUCAAUCAGUAGAUGGAGAUGCUUCUGUUAGGCUGCUGCACCAUACAAGCUCCCUUACAACCCCAACUGGUUCUAGAAGAUGGCGGAGGGUUCUCUCAGAUACUGAAAGUGAGGGUUUUGAUAAUUUUGAUUCUCCUUAUGGGGAGAAUGAAACAACUCCAAGUGCCAGUUGGUACAGGCACGGUGACAGUGAUGCCAUUUCAUUUAGUGCAUAUGGAGGGGACUCUGAUGUAUCUGUAGAUGGACAUAGUUUCCUAGAUACAGAUAUGUUCUUCCAACCUGAAGAGGGAAGCAAUCUUGACAGUGAUACUGAUAUUGAUCCAAUGCAUGCUGGUCUCAACCAGUGGAAUUCUGAUGAUGAAGAAGAGGAAGAAGAAGAAUUGGAAGAAGAUGACGGUGAAUGGGAAGAAGCUGAUAUUGAGGAAGACACAAAUGAACUUGGAGGAGCAGGUCCUCAGCUUCAAAAUCUUUUAUUUUCAAGUCCAAAUGAGAGUAAUCAUUCUAUUAAUCGGCGUCAAAGGUUUGAUUCUCCUGAAUUUGAGAGCCUGAUUCGCUGGAGAAUCAGGCCAGGUAGGCAAACAUAUAACAGGGACAUCUUUGCUAACUUGGAAGAACCAGAAUUACCACAAUAUGUAGGGAAUUCUAGGGAUUACCUUGAUGCAAGAGGCUUUGAAGAAUUGCUUGAACAUCUUGCUGAGACAGACAGCUCCAGAAGAGGAGCACCUCCUGCCGCUGUGUCCUUUGUAAAUAGCCUCCCUCUUGUGAUCGUUAAUGAGGAACAUGAGAAGCAUGAUGGUUUAGCCUGUGCAAUCUGUAAGGAUGUUUUAUCCAUUGGCACCGAAGUUAACCAACUUCCUUGUUUUCAUCUAUACCACCCUUCUUGUAUUCUGCCGUGGCUGAGUGCCCGAAAUUCCUGCCCACUGUGUAGGUUUGAGCUACCAACUGAUGAUAAAGACUAUGAGGAAGGUAAGCGGAGCAAUAGCAAUAGAAUGGGGAUACAUGAAAUUCAGCAGCAGGAUGUGAGUGAGGACAGUUCCUCUGAUGACUCAGAUGGAGCUGAAGCGCAUGAAGCUCAUGAAUUUGACCAAGGUGGAAUAGAUCAAAGGGAAGUUCUUGAUGUGGAUCCUGCUGUAAAUACCUCUGGAAGAGAAGGAAGUGGAAGGAGAUGGUUUUUUCUUGCUGCUGCCCCAAUUGUCGGUCUAGUGGGUAUUGUCCUUGUGUACUGGUUAGGAAGUCCUCAAAGAAGAGGGCCGACCCAUCAUUGCGACGUUCCCCAGAGAGGGUUGCAUCAAAUUCGUGCUCCUGGCUCUUCUGCACCCAGCCAAAGGGGUAACAGAAGCAGGAGAUGGUGGUCUUUUUUCUAAGUAAUUCCAUGCUUGACUGACAGCAGGACUAAUCCAGAAGAUCUGGUCAGCAAACAGGUGGACAUGCAAAGAGUUAUAGUAAUCAUCUUAUCAUAUUAGGUGCUUGUUCUUGGAGUAGCGAUUGGAACUAGUUAUAUCAGAAGUGUGGGAGUUGAAUUCACACGGUUCUGGUUCUGGAUUUUGCUGUGAUAGUCCAAGCUUUUUGUGCUCCUGCGAAUUCCUGUGUCAGUAACUGUAAUAAAAGUAAAAUUAGAAUUGGAGAGCCACUAUAAUGGUGCACCUGCUUGUGUUUUUUGGAAUUCUAUUUCCCCCCGUUUUGAUAGGACGGAUAGGGGCUUGGGGUGAGUGAUGGCAGUGAAUUCUUAAAUGAUCUGCAUCCCAUUUAUCAAUUUUGCUGGCUUGUAUUCUGUAUUGGUGAAAUGAUGAAAAUAUAGGUAGACAUUUUUUGCAA